CGGGUUUGUUAGCGGGUAGUUUGUGUGCUCAGUUUCAUUUUUAUUCUGUAUGCUGCUUCAAGAAGUUGCUAUUCUUUGUUUGUGUGAUGGAGGAGUAAUUUAACCUCUAUUUAGCUUAGGUAUGACGUUUCGCAAGCUUAUUUAGUUUCUGGCGACUUGCUUUCCCAAACAUAUUGUGUUUUGUGCUUUAAAAUCAACUAGUUUGGUUUUCACUAGUGUUUGGCUUAUUCGGAGUCGAUUUUAAAUCAGUGAGGAUUAAUUAAACAUAUUUUUUGUAAGGUGGGCUGAUUGUUCUUCAAUGGUGGUAGCAAGGCUAUGGGUCGACAUUAGAGUGAAAGUUAUAUAUGCCCAAGCUCCCAAUUUUGGAGAAAAUUUGGCACAUUUUGGGGAAGCCGCUAUAGUAAAUUUUGGGGAAAUGGCACAGAAACCCCAAAAUUGGAAGCUCAGGUGGACUCACCGACAGCUGGCUCUAUUUAUCCUCAGUAUUUAAAAGUAAGGAUGGGAUCUCAAACGAUGUGUUAAUCUUCGUGGUUCAUAAUGUUAGGAAGGUCUAGUCUGGUUUUGGAUAUACCUGUAGGUGGUGCUAAUACUUCGUUUUCCUUUUUAGAAUUCGAAUAAUUUACUACCCGGCACAAGAAGCAAAACUCUAUAUGCGUAUAAUUUGAUAUCGGUUUUUGAGAUCCAUUUCCAAUUUCCAGCUCUAGAUGAAAGGAAAGGAUUUACUAAUAUAAUCAAGUAUUUCAAAAGGGGCUUGGUCUCCAUAUGUGUUGUUAACUAGCCUUACUUUUGCUCGUUUGCGGCAUCAAAAUCAUAUUUGUCCAACUUUUACAUAAAUUGUUUCAGUUAAAGUUCAUGUUCUUUAAAUCAAACUCGUUUCUGUGGUUUGCCUUAUCUGCCUGUUCUUUAUACCUGCUAGGUUGUGUGUUUUUGUCGUUCUUCGUGUGCGCUUACUAGAUUUCAUGAUUUUACUGCCUAGUUCUAAUUUUUAUGUGAGGAUUAAAUUUAUAUGUAAGUCUUGUCUGCAAUGGUCGGCCGUACUUACCAGUGUAGAUUCCUUCUUCCCUGUUAAGAAAGGAAUGCAAUAUAAUGGAUUUAGUGAAUAGUUAUGCCUGCUUCGGCGUAGGUCGCCGGGUAGUAUUCCAGCCUUCACACAAAUCGAAUGACAAAGCGUGACGCAUACAUAUUUGAUGCCUCCUUAUACCAAUGUCUAUGUUUAGAUAAAUAAAUAAAGUAAACAAAUAGUUAUGCAAGGUGUCUUUCCGCUUUACACUCACUACAUUUGAGUGAUGUUAGAAGCCUUACUCUCAUUGGCUUCGCCGUUAGGGUGGGACGUCACUGAUCCAGGAGGUGAUUGCGCUUCUUGCGUUAGUGAAAAAGAAAGUCGACCGUAGUGGUACUGGAGAUUCGGGUACCGACAAUAGAGAGUAUAUUGGUCAUAAGUGCAACUACUGGAAGAGCUAAACACAACUGGAAAACGUGAAAAGGCGAGAAGUCAUUAGCAAAGUACUCAAAGAGUGGAAUUCCGGAUGGUGGACCACUUAUUCGUGAAGUUGAUUCUAAAGUCAUUUUAUCCAAAGACCCAAAUAGAACUGUCGCCAAUUCAAAAUGUCAUGAUAUGAAAUUCUCAUAUGAGGGUUAACGGAAAUCGGUACGAAGUUAGAGCAGAAAAAGCCAUCCUCACCACCAGAUUACCACCUCUGGUUGGUAAGAUGUCUUUGGGCAGCUCCCAUUUUGAGUAACUUAAGGAAUAAUGGGUGCUUUCAUUAGUUUGAUUUAUUUUUGUUAGUAAUGAGAGUUAGUGGUUAGUUAAGUAUCUCUAGACUCCAUUAUUUUACUGGUUGGAUAUAGUAUUUGGAACACAACCAUUCUAUUGUUUGCUUCCGUUUCAUUUUAAACUUCUUUCUGAAGACUAAGUUUAAAAGAUACAAAAGUUUAUAAACAUCUCUACACAUCCUUUCCACUUUAUUAAAAAUUUCGUAGAUUGUGAAACUAUGUGAGAUUGUCACAGUGAUUAAACACUUGCUCCCCGUAGUGAUACGUUUUAUUAAACCACGCUGUGUUGAUUCAACCAAAUACUUUUUUCAUCAGUGUUGCCAUUCAAGUUUCUUACUUUUGUCAGUUUCAGUCUUGGAUUAAGGAGCUGUUGUCCUUUGAUAGAUAGACCAGUAAAGUUGUUCGCAGAAGUGCUCUAAUUAGUCUCUUAAUUUUUAGGUUUGAAUUUUACAUAUCCGCCUGUCCGGAUCUAAUCCUAUCUCAUACUAACGCUUUUUUAACCAGUUUUAACUUCUUAUACUCUCCAAGUCAAUUAUGAGCUCGUAUUCGUCUCCGCGAACCGUUAAUGAUGCAGACAGUGAUAUGGACUUUUCCAUUUAUUCGCCUAGUAGCGAGUUUGAUUUGGAUUUCACGUUCAGAUCUUUAAAGAAAGGAGCUUAUAAUAAGGAAGAAGAUUUAAAUCGUAAACAUUUCAACUCACCGGAAUCAUUACUCGUUUUAACAGCCAAAGCAAUCGCUCUACACUUCCCAUUUGAGGUUGUUGAAUCCAGUCCAGUUACUGUGCCAGAAGAAUUGCAAAGACUUAUAGCCUUUCAUAGCUUUCCAACUGAUGAAGAUGAUAUAUGGUUGUAUUCCUGUCUUAGCAGUGGGAGUUCAUACGAAUUUGAUCAAGGUGAAGCAUUGUGGGCUGAUAAAGCUGUUAAAGAGUGUGUUCAAAUCGGAUUUCAUCUGAGCGCAACUGUAUUGACAAGUCUUCAUAUUGCACCUGCUUUUGUACCUCCAGCGAAUAAUGAGGAGAAUGGUACAAAUAAUAAUAAUAAUAAUAAUAAUAAUAAUAAUAAUAAUCCUAGUUCCAUUGGUCAUUUCAUUCCAUAUGUUAUCAAUCCUAAUCCAAAUGAUGCACAUCGUGGACAGUCGAAUUUUGAAAAUUUUGGGACUGCAAAUGAAAGUACUGUCAAUAACACUAAUAAUAAUAGUAACAAUAACAGAUUACGAAAACGUGGAAUUAAUAUUGAGCCUGAUUAUCCUGCUCAUCGAGUUUCAUUGACAUUCGAUCGACAGAGAAUAACUUCAUGCUCAUGCACGUGUACUUUCGGUUUAGAGGAAAGAUGUACAGCUGUUGCAUCACCUUCAAAUUUUGGAGAUAAUAAUAUGAUAAAUUUAGACUCCACAGAAAACGUUAGUAAUUCUAUCAAAUCAAAUUCGUUUGCCUAUCAACCAAUGACUGGAACAGAACCAAAUUCUGGAACUCUGUGGCAAUUUGGUGCUAGAAAUAGAUCAAUUUUUACAAAUUCUCAUAUUAACUCACGCCAAAUAUCUGGUCAACUUAAUAGUUAUUUUCCAAAUAGUAAUUGUUUAUCAAAAAAUUCAUGUAAUCAAACAUCUCCCAACAGUCGUCGUUCUUGGUUGUUUAAUCAACAUAUUGUAAAUCAAAAUGACAUACGUAAUGAUUUAAUGCCGACAAAUGGGCAAAAUCCUACAGGAACAUGGUGUUCACAUGUUGUUGCCACAUGUUUAAUGCGUAUUCGACAACCUGAUAAAGUUUUAUUACGUGCUCCUAUAUCAGAGUCUCUGUCAAAAUUAAGUAGAGAAGAUUUACAAAAAUUUGCUCAAAAUUUAAUUUGUCACGUAGGCCCUAGAAAGAUUUUACCAGCUGCACAGCUUAUUCUAGACCAGUUAUUGGCUGCUACAAAUAAUCCUAUUAAAAAUUCUGCUGGAGCACCUGACCCAACCGUCGGUGGAGCUUUGGGAGAUGCAGCAGCGUGGUGUUUUGAUGGUGGUGUAUUAGAAGAAAAAUUACGAGUUACACUGCGUAGAUUUUGGGCUCCACGACCUGUAUUAUAUAGUGAUAUUGGAUCAUUAAGUUUUAAUUCACCUACGGAAGUAGAGAAUUUUCACUGUAUACUUCGUUCUUAUCGUGCCAACGAACCACGUGGCCUUUGGGCAUUACUAUCAUUUAUUAGAGAUAUGAUGAGAAGACAAGAUAAUAAUGGUGUUUUACUCUUAGAAAUUGUUACACGAUGCAUUUUAGAUAUGAAUGAGGUUAUGUUUUGGUGGUGUACUGUUCAAACUAAUCCUUGUCACUUUCCUGAAAGUGUAUCUGUUCGUCAAAAACAAACUCAAUGUGUUGCUGUUUGGUUAUGUGAAGAAAUUGUUCAACUUUGGAGUUUAGCUUGUUUAAAUCCCGAACUUCGACCAAUUUUAAAUUAUGUCAAUCAUAAAUCAUUGUCACCGUCAUCAUCAUGUGGAAAUGGUUUAUUUUCUACUGAAAAUUGUAAAUCUUAUUCAGAUUGUUGUUGGCUUUUACAAAAAAUUGCUCAUAGACUACAAGCAUUUCAUGCAUUCGCUUUAAAACAAGCUGAUAUUCAAAUAAAUUUAACAAGUACUACUGCUAAAAAUACUAUGACUAUGGUUUGGUGCGAUACAUUAGGCAAUGGAUUAUUUCCUAAUGAAAUAUCUUCUCAAGACGAUUCUGAUAUAAUACCAAAAAAUAUUUCAUUAUUUUCGGGAUUUUUACCGGCUCUUGCAGCUUGCAGACUUUCAUGGUCUUCCGAAGUUCCACCUACAUAUGGUCUUUCCGGUACAGAAUUUCUAAAAUUUAUGCCAUUAUUUUCUGGUGCACAUGUAAAUAGUGAUUCUGAAACAACAGAUCAUGCAGAUAUGAUUUUGAAUUUUUCAAAACAUUAUUGCAAUUCAUUACGAAGUAACAAUAAUAAUAAUAAUAACAACGGUAAUCAUAGUCAUAAUUGUCCAAUGGAAUUAGAUAAUUAUUGGAGUAUAGAUCAAAUGAAUUCACAAUUAUUGAAUAAUCUUCCUUUACCUGAAAAUCAUAUUGAAUUUGCUUUUACAAGAUUUCAAGCACUUAACGUUCAUGGUUAUACCGAACAAGCCUUACAUUGGGCACGUUUCCUAGCUCUUCUAUUACUAUAUACCAGUAAUGAAUUUAUCAAUGAAUGUGAACAAGCUUCUUUUGAGAUUGUCGGGAGAGUAAAAUACCAAUCUUCUGAAACUAAUACUACUAAUCAUGUAGCUAAUAUCAGUCGAAACACAGACAAUUCACAUAGAACUAAUCAACAAGAUUCAUGUCCUGCUAACUAUCAGUCUAAUUCACGCGGUCAACAGAAAUCAGUGCCUGCAAGUACAGUGUCAAGUUCAUGGAGUUCAAAUGGUAUACCUGGUGGUAUAGGUAAUAGUAGUGGUGGUGUUGGUAUAGGCGGUAGUUCAAAUCCUCGAAAGAAUUCACGAAAUGGACGUUCUAAGAAAACUGGUGCAUGUUCAAACACAAAUAAUCCUCGAGAAGCGACAGAGAAAUUUACAAAUUCAAUUAAAUUACAUCCAUUAGGUAAAAAAUUAUCCAUUGAUUACACUAAAAAGGCUAUUCGUUGGUUGGAUCAAAUACGUUGUAUCAUGGAGUGCCUUUCAAAUGCACACAAGGAACGUAUCUUUAGUAUGCCGAAUUCUUCAACCAAUGGAAAUAUUUUCUUCCCUAAAUCAACACGCUUUGAUAAUACAAAUAAUAGUACUAAUAACAAUGAUAAUUGUAUAAAUAAUAAUAGUAGUAAUGCUAACCAUAAUACCACUGAUCACAGAAAGCAAACAGAAACUAACAAUAUUGAUUUACAUAGAUCUUUUGAUAUAUGGGAAUGUAUUGAUAUUGAGUUGAUUUUUCGUCUUGGAUUUUGUGCAUUGAAAUUUCCUCGACCACCAUGUUGUAGUCCAUUAUUAGAAGUGAAAUUAUUUGUUAUAGAAAUUACAUUACUUACUCGACUUUGUUUUUUACCGAUUCAUCUUGCAUGUCCACAUGUAAUAUCAAGCAUACGUAGUGAAGCUAAACAAUUAGCAUCAAAUUUAACAUUACAUCAAAAAGAUAUUCAUGUCCCAUUUAAUUUGGCCACUUAUUUAUUUCAUCAAUUGGUCGGUGUAGUUCGAUCGUAUGGGAAUUAUUUACCACCACAAUCAGCUAAUUUUAUCCCACCCAUUCAUCAAGAUACAGAAAAUGUUGCACCAAAUAUUAAUGUUUCACUAAUGGAGAAUUUUUUCGCUUAUCCAGUAUUGUCAACUGGUGCAGUACUAGCUGGAAGUGGUCUACCAUUAGCAAUGGACAUAUAUAAUUCCACUAAUGGAACUACUACUACUCAUUUGUCAGAAUCGGAAAAAAAUAAUCAUCCUAUCAAUGUUCGUAUAGCAUCAGAUGGAGAAUUAGGUUUACAAUCUGUCUUAUCAGUAUUGGGUGUAAAAUCUCGUGUGCCAGAAAGAUUAUUCACUUAUUUUAUUGAAGGUCAACGUGCUCAAGAAGAUGCCUUAGCUGUAUAUCUGUUUCGUAUGUAUCGAGAUGAUAUAUCAAAACUUGAUCGAAUUCGUGCACGUUUACUUGAUCGCUACUAUAAUCCAUACUUUAAAUCUCCGCCUUUAUGGGCUUGUUUAAGUUUGGGAUCUCAUGAAUUAAUGAAUUUUCAAACAUCGAAUCUCGACUAUAAUUCAGUUCCUGAAGUAGUGGUAACAAGUAAAACUGAAAAUAAAUUGAAUGUAUCACAAAACACCUGUGUACUGGUCGCUUCAACAGUCUCACUUGAACUAAAUAAUUUAUCACCGAAUAAUAAUAAUAGCGGCAAAACUCGAGAUGUAUUAAUUUUGUCAUCACCUUCCAACGCAAUCACUUCCAAAUUAAAUGAUAAUAAUUUAAUGGAUAACAACACACUACUAACUUAUGCUAGUGAAGAUCAAAAACAUUCUUCAAUAAUUAAACCUGAUAAUACGGUGGGAAAAAUGGCUGAUGACGAUAAUAGCGUCAAUAGCAGUAGUGUUCAUCAAGGGAAAAAUAAUGAUAUAUGUCCUAAUUCCAAUAAUACAACAGACUCAUCAGAUGUAGAUAAUAUUGGUAAAUUAUCUGAGAAUGAUAAACAAUAUGCUCCGGCCAAUAAUGGCAACAAUAAUAAUACCCUUUGUUCGUUUGAUCCACUAUCGAUUAGUGAAGAUACAGAUACUUUAUCUGACUCAAAACUGGAUAAUUUACACUGUACUACUCUGUAUGAUGUUCGCAGAAAAAUAUCGCGUCAUUUGAACACAACUGAUACUACUACUAGUGCACCGGAAACAACUAGCAGUGAUAAUUCACCUGCUGUUACUCGUCGUUUGAUACUGAUUGGUGCUAAAUCAUCCGAAGCUCAAACAACAGAAAGUAGCGAUGGUGGUGGCGGUUGUGGAGUGAUUGCUGAACGUUACAAACAAUUGUCGUCGACUUUAUUGGAUCCAGUGAUAAUUAAUAAUAAUAAUAAUAAUAAUAAUAAUAAUAAUAAUAAUAAUAAUAAUAAUAAUAAUAAUAGAAUUUCUUUAUACGGAACUGAUAUUUCAGAUGAAAGUAAAGAUUAUAUUCAACGUAGUGAUAAUGUUAGACAAGUUUCUACAGUAGAUGACAAUGUCAUACAAUCACCUUUCUCUUCAUUCUCUGAUGAUGAAGUUGAUGAUGGUGAUGACGAUGAGGAUGAUGAUGACAAUGAAUGUAUUCCUUCUGAGAUAGUUACAAAACAAUCUGUUGCUAAUAAUAUGGGAGUUAGUAAUGAAAAUAAUAAUACUAAUAAUAGUUUACGGACAAAUUUCGUUCAGUCUGUGCCAAACAAUGCUUAUAUCCAUUCGGGAUCUAAUUAUGAAUCUAGAAAUAAUUCAAAAUUUAAUUUCACAUCAAAAAUUUCAACGUGUUCUCUUCCUAUUAGAAAUUUAUCUACUGCAACAGGUCCAUAUCGUUUACGCAUAGGUUGGCAUCCACAUCUUAAACGUCCACCACCACAACCUUUAUCCGAUUCAAUGGCUUUUCAUGCAUUUCAAUUAGCUGAAACAAUUCGUGAAUGUGCUGGUGGCCCAAGUACCAGUGGAUCUAUGUUUGUAGCUGAAACUGAAGCAAACGAUACUGUUCAUCGUAAUCUCCAAUUAAUAUCAUUUCAAUUAGGACUUUAUGGCUUAGGCUUAUUCAAUCGUCUUUUGCCUUCUUGGCAAAAUCGUACAUUCUCAAGAAACGGUGGAUGGAUAAGUCAACAAGUAUUUGAAAUCGGUAUACCGGCUGCUUGUAUUUUAUAUCAUUCUUGGCAACAACAUCUUACAGCUGCAGAACUAACCGCUAUCUCAUUUCAAUUAUCAAGAACAAACAAUCGUUCUCUUGUUGAUGUUGCUGCAGAGUUAUGUCUUGCCAGUUUAUCAUUAUGUACAGCGUUAAAACCACAAGAAUUAUACAGAGCAUUAGAACAAUGUGGUGAACAUUCAAGUAAUACUUUAGAACGUGGUUUAUUAUGCGUUGAACGUAGCGCUUAUCAAUCAUCACAUGAUAUUUUACCAGAGAUAUAUUUUUUUAUAGCAAGAAGUUGGUAUACUUUAUAUCAUUCAACCAAUAAAGAAUUUGAACAAGCACUGAAUUCAUUGGAAUCCUUUAAUAAUUCCAAUCAGUCAUCAUUGAAAAUUCGAAAUGAUAACGAGAAUUUAUCCAUGUUUAAUAAAAAUAAUACUACAAAUACAAUUUUAUCUGACUCAAAUAUUCAUGUUUAUCCUAAUUUAACGAAUUCAAUUCAGGAAUUGACUAAUAACGAUAUUAAUAAUAAUAGCAGUGUCACUAAUAAUAAUAGUGAUAUUAGUAAUAAUGCUACUAUCAAUACCGCUAUCACUACUACUAUUAUUAAUAAUAAUAGUAAUAAUUCUAUCACAGAAAUGUCAUUAGUUUCAGAUUCGAACCAUGCAACUAGUGAUAAUAAAAGUAACAAUAAUAAUUCUAGCAAUGGUAUCAAUUUAACCAGUAAUGAUUUAGUUAAUGCUUGGUAUUAUUAUCAGUCGGUUAAUUUAUUGUCACAACCGAUUGUACGAGGUGAUCAACAACCUCAUCAUCAGCAUCAAGAGCAACCAAAUCAAUUGAUGUAUAAUGCCUCCAUGUUGUCCCCUGUGAAUUUUAAUUAUGGUGGUCUCCCACUUGGUCAACAACAACAUCAAUACGCAUCAUUUCCUUAUUAUAUGAAUAUGCUCAGUUUACAAACACCUCAGUCAUUAUCACAACAACAGACAAAUAAUAAUUUAUUGAAAAACAAUAACCCACAAUUACAGUCUACAACACCACCAACACAACGACAACAGUCUGCUCAUCCACCACCUCAUCAUCAUCAUUUACCGUAUUAUUUGCCGCAAUCUCAACAUAUAAUGUCACCGAUCCAAUCUAAUGUACCGUACUCAUUUGGAAUGUCAUCUCUACCUCCAAUGGGACCUGUACAAUCGCCUAGUAAUUACUUUUUACAUCCACAGUUUAUUCCAAAUACUCCUCUUCCAACACCAUCAUCAUCUCAGUCAAUGAAUAUGAUUCCAAGUGGUCCAUUUGUCACUAUUCCACAUCAUAUAAAUCCAUCUACUUCACUGUCUCCAACUGUUGGGACUAACGUUCUGCCCUGUAAUUCGUAUCAAGCUUAUUCAAUGGAUCAAGCAAUUGAACCAUCAUUGUAUGGUUUUAAUCCUGCAAUGACCUUACCAGCUGUUCAUCAAUCCAUGGUCUGUAACGUACUUGGUACUCCACCUCAGCCACAAGUACAAGUACAGCAACAACAACAUCAAACCGUUGAGCCGGUUACGUCAUUAGCAUCUAUAAACACUAAUAAUAACAUACACAGUACUAAUAACAAUUUUGUCAAUAAUGUUAAUUUGAAUACACUAUCUGAUAGUACAGUUAUUUCAGUCAAUUCACUAUCAUCAGUUAUAUCAUCUGCGUUAACAUCAACUCGUCAGUUGACAACAUCAAAUACUGCUUCUAGUUCUGUUGUUGUACAUCCAUCUAUGUCUGAUCAAGGAUCGAUUGUAUCUGAAGGUGAUUCUUGUCGAUUAGCUGAAUCUGUAGCAGAUGGAUUAGGCGAUGAAAACAAUCCAUAUUCUAACAAUAGUAAUUCUUCCGGUGAUUUGUCAUUGAAUAGUAACAAUAAUAAUAAAGAGGAAUUGUCAAGUAUUACAGCGAAAUCAACAGUCAGUGAAUUACAAACUUUAAAGUUGAAAGCACAAGCUUAUUUAAUUCGAGCAUUUUUCUGUGCAAAAUGUGCCAUUAAGAAAAUAUCAGCUAACCAAUCUAAUGUGAAUACAAAUUUUACUCGUCAAAAUCCUGUUACUGUUUCAAUGCCAUCAAGAAGUAUGCGGGGAAAGCAUCAUCAUUAUCAUAUGCAACAAAGCCAUCGUGGAAAUUCAACAAAUCAUUCACAACGUAGACAUUUCAUGCAAACUGAUACUAAUAAUACUAACAGUAAUUGUAUGCUUUCAACUAGUACACGAAAUACCAUAAUAACAAAUGAUCAAAAUAAUUGUUUACCAUCGGAGAAUUCAUCAUCAUUAUUUCUUAUACCUGGUGCAUCAUCACCUUGUAGAGCAUCGAAUCAAGUCAGAAUAUCAUCAGCUAAUGUUAACUCAGAUUUUAAUUUGAUCAAUGCUACUACUUCUACUACUACUACUACCACUACCAAUACUAAUACCAAUUCAAAAUCAUGUAGUGCACAUAUACUGUGGACUUUAGAUGUCGCUAGUAGUUUAGGUCCGUUGGCUGUGAAUGAAUAUUGUGAUUUAGUUUUACAAUGUGUCAAUUGUCCUUUGUUAAUGGAACAAAUCACUUCGAAAGUUAUUGACUAUUUUGAAAAAUAUACAAAAACGCAUACACCAUCUUGUAGCGUUAAUAAUGGCAGAGACAGCCUAGCCAAUAUGCAACAAACCUACAUCGAUGUUUCCUCACCAAAUAGAGUCAUUUCUGAUAACAGUGAUAAAAAUUUAAACUUUUGUUCAAAUAUAUCUCAAAAUUUUGUCAAUCAAUCUCAUAUGCCUAAUCAGUUAUGGACGACUUCAUUGGCCUCUGUUAUUCCUGCGUCUAAUUGGACAACCAAUUCCAAUCCCCAUAAUCUGCACGAUGUUGUUCAUCCUCUGAUUUCUUUACCUUUUCCUCAUUCUGAUCCCAAUAACAUAAAUUCCACGUUUAAUUAUCAUUCUUUCAUACCACCAUCAAUACUUCCACCGAAUAAUCCAUCUUGGUCACAUUCGUCUGUACGACCUGUCAGUUAUCCUAUACUACGACAGAAUUUAUGUUCUAAACAAUUACAGGAAAACAUUUGUCGUUUUAAACAAAUGAAUUUAAAUUCUGAGUCAAAUAUAAAUGCUAGUCCGUACAUUCUUUCCAACAAUAAACCAAAUAAUUUAAAUGUUGGUUUAAAUCAAUUACCUUUUUAUAAUCAGCAGACAAAUUUAUGGCCAAUCAACCCACUGUCUUAUAUUCGUCCUGUUCCUGCUCCUCCACCCCAUACAGUAGCACCUAGUCCUCUGACACAUCAUCAUCAAAAUGACUUGUAUCUGAAUUCAGUGAUGACAACAACAACGGGAACACUAGGAAUUCAUCAUGACAGUUACACCACAAUAGAUGAAUCAAUAAAACCAAAAUCAGUUGAAUUUAGCGGUAGAGAUGUAAUAGAAAAUUUGAUUAAUCAUACACACACAUUAUUUCAAAAAUAUAUUGAUCAAAGACUUCAGUAUAUUGGACAAAGUCAAGCUGAGUGGGAUGAAUUCGUUGAUUUAAUUUUAAAAGCGUAUAAUGUUCACUUAAGUAUGCCCGCUAUUGAUUGCGGUUUACAUUGGAAUAACUUACUGACACGUAUUCGUCGUCAUCAAAAGUGUAGUCCAGCUUUGUGGCAGCGUAUUUUAGCUGGUAUACAAACCGCUGAUUUAAAAAGAUCAACUUAAAUUCUUUUCAAUCUUUUUUCGUUUUGAUUGUUCGUUGUCCUUUGCUCAUAAUUUCCUUUCUCAUUGACAGUUGUUAUUUAUAUUUAUUGUGUGUAUGUGUUGACAUCUUUUCGUUAUCGUAAUCACAUAAUUUUGUUUACAUCUUGUUCAGGAUACAUUUAUUCCAUAACUCUUUGUGUAUCUCUGUGUUUUAAUUCAUGUCCUCAGUACUCUCAGUUGUUGUUAACAUAUCUAAAACAGUUAUCUUCAUUAGUUAUUUUCAUCAUACUUUUCAAUUUAGUAAAAACGCACGUACUCAAUAUAAUUUGAUUGUAAAACAGACAAAACAGUUGGGUUGAUUUAAUAUGUAAACAUGAAAAACAAUCCUCUAUUCAUACACACAUGCAUCCUCGCAUACUUAUCUUUAAUGAUAGUAAUAAUAAUAAUAAUAAUAAUUAUUAUUAUUAUUAUUAUUAUUAUUAUUAUUAUUAUUGUCAUUGUUAUUAUCAUCAUACUAUCUUCCCAUCGACAUUGUAUCUGCACACGUAUACAUAUAUGUAUAUGCAUAUCAGUUUAUAUUUCAUCAGUUUCAUCUUCAUUUUGAACAGUUAUAAAAUGUUACGUUACAAGCAUUUUCUGCCAAAAAGUUCUGCCUUAUUUGUUAGUCUACGUUAAGCUAAAAGCAUGCAAACAUACAAUAAAUUAGACUAAUUGUCAUUGGAAACAGAAAAAGGCAAACAUGGUCACUUAUCCUAAUUGUUUUCUUCUUGUUGGUUGUUUCUAUUGUGUGUUUGCGUAUCAGCACAUUAACGCACAUAAUCUUUUUUUAUAUUUAUCAGUGUAUUCAGGGUUUUUUUUUUUUUUGGGGGGGGGAAGACGACAUAUCACCCCUCAUCCUCUGUAUGUAUAUUCGUAUAGUUCAUAUCUCUAUGCUUUAAAUCGGUUGUAAAUGUAAUUUUCAUCGUCGUCGUCAUUGUUAUUAUUAUUACCAUUAUUUUUAUCGCUAUUUUUAGCAUAUAUUACUUGCAUUUGCUCAGCAAACUGUUAUUACAAAAAUUACUACUUUUUUAGAAAAAUCGUUACAUUGCUUCGUUUUGUUUUUCUUCCAAAGGAAAAAAACAGUCAAUGGUUUUCAUUUCGAUAUGAUGUGAUGCUUCUCUGUCUCCCUUUUUCUUUUAACUUUUAUGAAUAAAUAGGAGAAUAAAUGAUUUCUUGGUCAGCAAAGUAAUUCCCAGUGAAUAAAAUAGUUCAACUUCCCUUUUUUGUUUUUCUCUCCGUAUUUUUUGUUGCAAAUUUUUUAUAGUUUUUUCUCUCUCAUGUUUCUCUAAAGAGAAAGGUGUAAACAGUAUUGGACGUGAUAAUUCUUACAUUUCAGCAUUGAAACACUAAUAGUUGCUUGUUUUAAUGAUUAUUAUUAUCAUUAAACAUGCAGAUACUGCUAGAUAGACAAUGUGUCGUACUGAAUCAAUUUGUUUUGUCCAUUUUAACACAAUGAUUUAGAUGUAAAUCAAUCUCUGUAAAUGCAAAGUGGUAUAUUAAGAUAAAUGGUGUACAACAAUUAACUCGUGAUAGGUGUUGAAAGUUGAGAAUUAGAUGAAAGUAUUAAUAAAGCCAUUCCAAAGGUAUAAUUUUUCUUUAUUUGCAUGAAUACACAGAGCCUUUGAAUAAAAAAUACUGACGUGUUAGGAGUUAGAAAAUGUUAAUACAAAGAAGAUAUAUGACUAUUUGUUCAGAUUUUCUUAAAAAAGAUAUGUUUUUACAAAAACAAGUUGUAAUUACAAUGGUUUGUACUAAAUAUAUUGCACGACUUGUGCUUUAUAACAAAUUUACUGAAAAAGUACUAUCAGAUGACUUUAUAUUUUUGAGUCAUGCUUUUGGUUUGGAAUAAUACGAGACAUAUAUCAAGUUGUGUUAAGGCGUAUCUAGACACAUUUUCCACUGUAAUAUGUGACAAUCACAACUCAUGUAGGGAUUCAGAACAGUGUUUUCUAACCGAAGGAAAUAUUUUUCAGAAGUGUUAGAUCCUCUGAGCUGGAUGAUAUAAUUGCGGAGCUCCCAUUGUCAUCCUGGACAACAUGAUCAGUACUCACCAUAUAAUUAGGUUUCUUAUUUUUUCCAUGUCAUGAUUUUUUUUUGGUCUUGUGAUUACUUGUCGUUGUAGGUUUCAUCAUCUUGGUGUUCAGAUCGAUCAGUCCAUUCCAAAAAAGUAAAUCGACAUAUAUCCAGAGUUUAACGGAGCAAGAAAGUUAAUUUAAAUGCAAGGGCAAACGAUAAAACUGAUUGCUAAUCACAAAGAAAGCCACCAGAGCAAAUUAAUUUAAAGCUCGCGGAAUAAUCAAGAAGCCCAUUUACACAUGAAGUAAAUGCUGAUCUCGUUGUCCAGACUAACAAUAAAAACUUCAGAAAUCAAUCUAGUUCAGAAUAUCUAAUAAUAUUCAAGUAUUCACUCAAUCUGCGAAUCUUCAUCAUUUGAAUGAACUAUUGAUAGUAUGCUGACUUCCUGACACAAAUGUUUGCUGUGUAGUGUAAAAAUGGAAUGUCUGUUUUCAUUUCCAAUUAUUAUUGUUGAAAAUAAUUUUCAUUAAAUAGACUUGAUAUGCAGA